GCCACGUCGGGCUCCGCACCUGCAGCGGCCGCUGCUCGCGAGCAGCGGGGGGUGGACCUCUCAGAGCUACAAAAGAGGCGCAAACCAGAUGCAGGCGCCGAGCCAGCGGCAGGGGGAGUCGCCAGCGUGGCAAAUAAGCUCGAGUGCAACGUGGGCGAGGACGCGGGCGCGGCCGAGGACGGUCUCAUGGCCGUGGAGCAGGCGCUGCGCCAGAGGGGCCUGCAACUCGCGGUCAACAUCCUGUUGGAGAUGGCGCGCCAGCGCGCUCAGUUGCUCAGAGACACGGUGGCGUCGGAGCGGGCGGGCAUGGUCCCGCCAACGGCGGCGCCGGUGAUCGCAGCAGGUGGCCAAGACGACAGCGGCCGACUUUCACUCAGUUCUCAAUCCUCUUUCUACGAGCAGUUUAUCUCGAACAAGAGCGCGUCGAUGACGGCUUUCGGCUUACUCUGUCGCCACUUCCGCUUCGCGAAGUGCCGCGACGACCAGGGCGCGAGGGCGCUGUUAUCGAUCGCGGACCAGAUCGCCCUGAAGACGAGCGUUG